GUAUUAUUUCUACGACAAUGUAUGAUGCUUUUGAAACCGCAGAAAUUAUAGUAUCAGAUAUUCAACAAAAUAAGCCGAUGCUUUCUGAUACCACUGAUAGUUAUCCUAAAAGGGGCGCAGAGGCAAUUAUACCAAUGCUUCAUGAGCGUGGUAUACGCACUGUGUCAUAUGACGAUUGGAAAAAAAUAGAAGAAAAUGAAUUUGAAGAAUCUGGCGCAAAGAUUUUUUUUAUCCAGUCAGAUAAAGGUCGACACAUGGCCAAAAUCCAAGGCACACCUUCACAGCGUGAACAAGCAAAAUCUUUAAUCCAAAAAUCUCUUGAAAGAUUAACAGUCCUUCCGACCAUCGGUUACGUUUUACUGGAGAUAGAUGACUUGGCGGAUGUUAAAGAGGCCAAUUACCGAUUUAUUGAAUUUACCGAAGAUGAAUUUGAUGAUCAUUCCCAAAGUUCGAAAAAGUAUUACGUGGAACGAAUUCAAGAAACAGAAAAGGUACCCAAAGUGAUCGAUGUCAUGGAUGAUCUGGCGAAUCAGCUACGACAUGGUCUUUUGCUUCCAUCACUCAAAACUGGGGACUUUACAACAUCUGAUAAACUUGAUGAAUGUUUAGAGGUCAUAUCAUCGAAGCUUUCUGACGUCGAUCCCACAUAUCCAGAGGGAAAAGAAAUACGUCUUAAUGUAUUUUUUGGUCGGCAGCUCUUUACCAGAAUUAAUAAGAUUAAGGAUCAAAAUUUUGACGUUCACGAUUGGUGCGGGUUUGAACGGAACAAUAAAUUCCGUCUAAGUACGUCGUUCCAACACGAUGCACCACAAAUCAUUGAAAAAAUGUCUAUAAUUCAAAAGAAUUUUGGAUUACAAGUAAAACCCGAAACAAUAAUCGGGAAUAAAGGAAGCAUUACUGUUUAUUACACACAUAAUGAAAAAAAAAGAAAGUUUAAAUUACACUGGAACCCGGAUAAAGAAUUAUGGGAAUUAACGAAAGCGGUAAAAGACAUCCGUCGCCAUGGUAGGUUUUUAUUAAAAACCCAAUGUAAUCACCAUAUUGAUAGUAAAUUGAAGAAGAUAAUUCAAGAUCUUCAACCCGUUAAAUGUCUCGAUAGCGAGGAUGGAAUGUGGUUUCAUGAAAAUGAUUUUGCUAAAUUUAAUAUUGACUGUGUCGGUGUCAGGCAGACUGUUAGGAAACUUAGAUAUAGCAACGGUGAAUUUCAAGUUACCCGUGCCACUAUUUGUCAAGAGGUGAAAGGUAAAUUCUCGAAAGAAGAAUUCAUUUCUGUUAAAAGUCUUGCUUGGCGGAAAGUUGAAAAUAUUGAUAAAUCACCUAUGCGGCAUUUUGACGAGGAAGAAAUUAUAUCUACUAUCCGAAAUACGAUCGAAUUUGCCAGGCAAAUUGCCAAGGUCAUUGCCUGA